AUGUCAUCCACAGAGCCAAAAGACAAAUCCAACUCGAAAGAAGAAAUCCGCAACCCCCGCCGCCUCCUCAUCCUCUCGCCCUCCUCACAUGCACACUCUAUUAUCCCUGCCCUCUUAAAGACUCUCACGGGACACGCACCAGACGAAACACAGAUCCAGACACAGAGUUUCGCCGGCUACACGACGCACCCGCCACUCCGGAUCGAGAACCGGUAUUACACCGCUGAAGUCCCAGUUUGGGUUGAUGAGAUCCCAGCCAUUGUAGAGGGAGAUAAAUCAGCAACAAAACAAGAACCAGAACCAGAACCAGAGUCUAAAUCACAAUCGAAACCGGGAGAGGGUAAAGAAAAAGAAGAGGCCGCCAGCUCUGGAUUAGAACAAGAACUGGGUGCUUCAGCAGCUUCAACAGGAGAAGAUGAUCCCUCGGCGCACUGGUCUCGCGAGUUCUCCGGCUCCGAGGCGCGCGUUGUGCGCGAUGCAAUUGGUGCUGUUAUGAUCUGUAUCCGGAACCCGGGUCCGGUUGCGACUCCGGUGCCUGGUUCUACAGAGACGGGGGCGGUUGAGGAUUCCGAGGAAAUGCGUGCAUUAAAAGCGUUUGUCACUGCUGUUGGGGGCGUGCGCGCGCUGAUUGAGGAGGAGCGCGGGGAAGUCGGCUCUGUGCCUGGUUUAUUGAUUCUGGGUGAUAAACAGAAGAAAGAGAAGAAUGGUGGAAAGCAGAAGGAAGUGGAUGCGGAUGUGAAUGAGCUUGACGGUACUCUGGAUGAACCAUUCUCUAUUAGCUGGUGGGAAGAUCAGCUGUGCGAGAUGGGACUAAUAGGGUUCGAGGUUGUUAAAUGGGACGGAACACCGAUUGAGCAGGAGGGGGAGGAGAGGAAUGAAUAUGGAGAGCUCCAAGGUAUGCGCCGAGUAAAGGAAGUGCUCGAGACGCACGAGUGGGCUGGAGAUGAGGAGCCCGACCCGGGUCUCCCAGAUGACGUUGACGAUCUAGAGCGCGAGCUUCUGAGCAUGGACGAGAAAGACAGUGGAUUUAACAAGGAAGUGGACGAGCUCGAGCGGGAGAUGGUAGGACUGCGCUUCGCCAUAGAACGUGGAGGUGGAGAUGCGGCGGAUAAUGACGAUGGAUGGGACGAUGACGAGCGUGAAGGAGACGAGGAGAUGCGAGUGGAGUCUGUCGAGGCGCUCUUGACCCGCAUGCGAGCUAUAAAAGAUAUGAGUGAUGAAUUACCGGAACAAGACAGGAAGCGCUUCGCGGCGAAGGCAGUGCGGGAUAUCAUGAAGGAGAUUUAG